CCUUCUUCUUCAUCUUCUUCUCUCCGAUGUCAGCCAUGGAUGUUAUGCUUCACUCUUCAAGCUUUCUCCUCCCUUUGAAUCCCGUCGACGAUACUACAGGGACGAGAUACGCUCUCAUUGUUCUUAACCAGAGUUUACCACGAUUCACUCCUCUUCUCUGGGAACAUGCAAAACUUCGUCUCUGUGCUGAUGGAGGCGCUAAUCGCAUCUACGACGAAUUACCUCUCUUCUUCCCUCAUGAAGACGCUUUGGCCAUUCGAAACAGGUAUAAGCCGGAUGUUAUCAAGGGAGAUAUGGAUUCUAUUCGGCGUGACGUCCUCGACUUUUAUGUUAACUUGGGAACUAAGGUUAUAGAUGAAUCUCAAGAUCAAGAUACCACUGAUCUUGAUAAAUGCAUUUUGUAUAUCCGUGACUCUACUUUGAAUCAAGAGACUUCCAGACUCCAGAUUCUUGCCACUGGAGCACUUGGUGGAAGAUUUGAUCAUGAAGCCGGUAAUCUCAAUGUCUUAUAUCGAUAUCCAGAUACAAGGAUAGUCCUUUUAUCUGAUGAUUGCCUCAUCCAACUCCUUCCAAAGAGUCAUCGACAUGAAAUACAUAUUCAGUCUUCUCUUGAAGGACCUCACUGUGGACUCAUACCCAUUGGAACUCCAUCUGCUAAAACCACAACCUCAGGGCUUAAAUGGGAUCUCGCCAACACUGAGAUGAGAUUUGGUGGUCAUCAUCCAGAAGUGAAGUGGGCUGAGAGAGCCGAUAUAGUUUAUUUAACCGUGCAAUUGGCUGAUGCUAAGGAUGCAGAUGUUAAACUUGAUCCAGAGGGAAUCUUUAGUUUCUCUGCCAAAGCUGGACCUGAUAACCAGCUUUAUGAGCUUAAGCUUGAACUUAAUGACAAGGUUAAUGUAGAGGAAAGCAAAAUCAACAUUGGAUUAAGAAGCAUAGUCUGCAUCUUGGAGAAAGCAGAACCAAAAUGGUGGAAUAAGCUAUUGCGUGGAGGGAAACCGCCUCACUAUGUUAAAGUUGAUUGGGACAAGUGGGUUGAUGAGGACGACGAUACACCCACUGGUCCUGGAGAUAUGGAUAUGGGUGGAAUGGGUGGGAUGGGCGGAAUGGAUUUCUCGAACUUUGGUGGAAUGGGCGGUAUGGGUGGAAUGGGCGGUAUGGGAGGUAUGGGCGGUAUGGAAGGUCUAGAAGGGCUUCAAGGGCUCGGUGGAAUGGGCGGCCUUGGUGGACUUGGCGGAAUGGGUGGUAUGGAUGAAUUUGAUGAUAGUGAUGAUGAAGGAGAAGAAGCUAAGUCUGGAGAGAAAAAGGAGGAAACACAAGCUCCUGCUCCUGCUCCUGCUCCUGCGACAGAAGAGGCGAAAACCGAAGAGCCAACACCUGUUAAGAGUGACAAAUGAAGACAUUGUCCAUAAACCGUAUGGUAUGACUAACCGAGAAAGUCUUUAUGCGUUUAUGAAUACUGCGGGAUGGUUUGCUCUUUUAAAUCUUUCCCUCUGCUUAUUUAAUUGUUGAGUUCACGAUCGGUUCUUAUAUGGUUUGAUCUUUUCUAUUUUUAUCAAUUUGAAAUGUUGAUCCUGCAAUAAUUUUGGUUGGUUGUUGUAGACAUGUAGUGGACUUGGAGUUUGUGAGAAGAACCUCUUUAAGUUUGUUGAUCUCCAUAAAACUUAUUUGUAUAC